AUGUUGCGGAAAGAAGCUAAGAAAUUAAUUAGUAAGAAAAAGCUUCAUGGACAAAAAAUAACACACCUAUUCAUGUAUGAAAAGAAUUUAACAGAAAUUCCUCUACCGAAAAGCCCAACUCAGAUAAUCUAUGCCUAUUACCAUAAUAACUACAUAACAAAAAUUAAAAACAUAGAUGUAAUGUACAAUUUAACACAUUUACAUUUGCAAUGGAAUAAGAUUGCUAAAAUUGAGGGUCUGGAAAAAUUAUCGAAAUUAAAAAAGAUAUAUUUGGGUAAUAACCAGAUUAGUGUAGUAGAAAAUUUAGAGGGCUUGAAAUAUUUAGAGGAACUUCAUAUAGAAAAGCAGAGAAGAGAGGAUAACGAUCCCCUGUGCUUUGAUCCAAGAACAAUGAUAUCCAUUGGAGCAUCUCUCAGAAUUUUAAAUGUUUCCGAAAAUAAAAUAUGUGAUGUUAUUUGGGCAAAACCCUUACGUCGAUUAGAAGUUCUCAUUGGAAAGAAGAAUUUACUCGAAGACGUACUGUCUGUGGCCGACGAUAUGUGUACUCUCGUUAGUUUAGUGGAUUUGAAUUUUACUGGGAAUCCUAUAACUAAAAAACAUAGAUAUAAAGAAACAAUCAUAGCUAGAUGUGCGCAGCUACGCAUUUUAGAUGGUGUGCACAUUCAUAACACAUCUCGGAUUUUCCUUCAAAGCUUCGAUAAAGUUGUUCGCUUGAGGCAGUUACAUGGAAAGAAUAAACUAAGCCUCUCACGGGAGGGCGCUGAUGAAUUCUUAGAUCUCAACAUGCUGCCAGGCCCAAGAGCUCGUAGUGCUCUCUCCAUAUCAGAAUUCUCCAACCAAAAACCUAAAAUGAGUGCUGUGGAUGCCAGUUAUACGUUUAUGCCUCGAUCAUUUUGGCGCAACAGACCAUCUCCCGAAGACGAGGUUCAUGCUCCAAUGCCACCGAUGGAACCUAGGAACCAGCCAAAUCAAUCCCAAAGCGCCCCAAUAAAGGGCAUUCUUAAAAAACCAAUGCCAAUGAAAUAUAUUUAA